AUGAGAGUCUCCCCGUUGUUGACGCUGCUAUCGGCCCUCGCUGCCACAGCUUUGACCUUCAUAACGUUCCUGGGGGGAUACACAUCAACAACACUACCUAACGUCGAUUUGUUUAAUCUAAACGUAUCACAAAUAGCACAUACAAACUUCAACAACGGUACCGGCAACGGAUGCAACUGUGUCGAAUUUGUGAAUGGCACGCUCACGAUAAAUGGGACCGCCGUGAUCAAUGGAACUCUCGAAGUGUCCUUUGCUCAACUUGAUAUCAGCGAGUACUAUUCCGUCUAUGCCAUCAACUAUUGUGAGGGUAAAUACCUCCCGUCGUACCAAGACGACAAUGCGAGUCCUGUCAUCUUGCAUUGCGAAACGCCGUCACUCUCGCGGCGCUUUGACCUUGUUACCAUCAUGGAGUCGGCCAUGAAGCGCCUCGGUGAUGCUCUUGGAGAGGACAUUUCUUUUGACGACCUCGACUGGCCAAACGGUAUCACCAGUGCAUUCGUCUACGUACAGUCUGCUGGUUCGGCAAUGAUUGUGUUCUAUCUCAUUGGACUUUCCUGCCUGAUCCUGGAAUCACUCGCGGCGGUCUGGACUCUGUUUUCCGCUAGCAGAACUCCAGUUAAACUUAUUCUCAUCACCUCUGUGAUUGCUUUAUUGACUCUGAUGAUUACCGCAAGUCUCGCAACAGCUAUAAUUACAAUCGUUGUCAACGGUGUGAAUGCUAAUGGGGAGGAGAUUGGCGUAUCUGCACAGCAAGGAAGUGUGUUCCUCGCACUGAUCUGGAUCGCGGUCGCCCUCCUUUUCGUCUCAACUUUGACAACAGCCAUCACCCUUUGUGUUGGACCUGGCCGUCGGACGCAUACUCGGCUGAGACAACAGGACGCCUAUGACAUGCCUUCUGUGAUGCCUAUGCCUAUGCCUAUGAUGCUCAAACGAAGACCGGGGGCGUACUACAUGCAGACCCCGGAUUCGAACUAUUGGGAUGCAUUCUCUUCCAGGCGAAUGUUGGUGGAUCCGCGGGACGAUGAGUAUUACGGGUACGGCGAAGAAUUUAGAUAA